GCCGCCGUCGCCACCACCACCACGUCCACUCCGGAAGUCCGCGUUACUCGCGAUCUUUCGCGGUCGGUCGUGCAUACGUCACGUCGGUGGCGGAUCACCUCCUCGUUGUCUUGACCGAGUGCUGUUAGUCCGCGCUCGCCCUCGCGUCCGUCGCGCUCUGUCAAGCGCAUCGGCUCAUCCUUGACCGGUGGAUCAGUGCAAAGAUCGCCAACAUGUUUAGCUGGCUAAGCCGCGAAGAGAACAACAAACAGGACCUCUUUGAAAAUGUCACCGACGGCCUCAAGAGGAUAUAUAAGUCCAAGUUGCUGCCAUUGGAACAGUAUUAUCAGUUCCAUGACUUUCACUCGCCGCAGCUGGACGAUCCAGACUUUGAUGCAAAACCCAUGAUUCUCCUAGUUGGACAAUAUUCCACUGGCAAGACCACGUUUAUCAAGUACUUGUUGGAGAGAGAGUUUCCUGGCAUUAGGAUUGGACCAGAGCCCACUACAGAUCGAUUUAUUGCGGUUAUGUACGAUGAAAAGGAGGGAGUCAUUCCUGGAAACGCCUUGGUUGUAGAUCCGAACAAACAGUUUAGGCCACUCUCCAAAUUUGGCAAUGCAUUUUUGAACAGAUUUCAAUGCUCGACUGUAGCUUCACCUGUUUUGAAAGGCAUAUCUAUAGUGGACACUCCUGGUAUAUUGUCUGGUGAGAAACAACGAGUUGACAGAGGCUAUGACUUUACUGGUGUUCUAGAAUGGUUCGCUGAGCGCGUAGAUAGGAUUAUUUUGUUGUUUGAUGCUCAUAAGCUUGAUAUAUCAGAUGAAUUCCGUAGAUCUAUUGAAGCCUUACGUGGGCAUGAUGAUAAAAUUAGAAUUGUUCUCAACAAAGCUGAUAUGAUAGAUCAUCAACAACUCAUGAGAGUAUAUGGUGCUUUAAUGUGGUCAUUGGGAAAGGUGUUACAAACUCCAGAAGUAGCUAGGGUUUAUAUUGGCUCGUUUUGGGAUCAGCCAUUAAGAUAUGAUGUUAAUAGAAGAUUAUUUGAAGAUGAAGAGCAAGAUUUAUUCAAAGACAUGCAAUCACUUCCAAGAAAUGCUGCAUUAAGAAAGCUUAAUGAUUUAAUUAAACGAGCACGUUUAGCAAAGGUGCACGCACUCAUAAUAAGCGCCUUACGGAAAGACAUGCCAAGUAUGUUUGGAAAGGAUACUAAGAAAAAAGAAUUAAUAAAAAAUUUGGGUCAGACCUAUGAUCAAAUUCAAAGAGAACAACAGAUUUCACCUGGUGAUUUUCCGGAUCUCAAGAAAAUGCAGGAGAACUUGGCGCAUCAUGAUUUUAAUAAAUUUAAUCCCUUAAAGCCCAAGUUAUUAGAAGUGGUGGACAAGAUGCUUGCUGAAGAUAUCGCGAAGCUAAUGGCUAUGAUUCCACAUGAAGAAGUCAGUACCGUUUCAGAACCACUUAUUAAAGGAGGAGCGUUUGAAGGUGUAGAAGAUCAAGUUAGUCCAUUUGGAUACAAAAGAGGAGAAGGAAUUGAUGCUGGUGCAGGUGAACCAGAAUGGAUUGUCAAUAAGGAAAGGUAUAAAUAUGAUAGCAUGUUCGAGUCACUUGGGCCACAAGAUGGAAAAAUUACGGGAGCAGCGGCCAAAUCAGAAAUGGUCAAGUCCAAAUUGCCAAACAGCGUGCUCGGAAAAAUCUGGAAACUUUCGGACAUUAAUAAAGAUGGAUUCUUAGAUUCUGAUGAAUUUGCCUUAGCCAUGCAUCUAAUUAAUAUAAAGCUCGAAGGAUACGAUCUACCGGCCGAGCUGCCAGAACAUCUAAUACCGCCAUCGAAACGCGACACAUAAUAUACGAUUUUUGUAUUAUAAUUUAUCACAUUUCAUAAAUGAUUAACACAAAUGGUUUAGAGCCACGCAAACGAUGGAUAUUAGCACGACUUAUUAAUCGCUAAUGCCAGCAGUUUACAGGUUCGAGAAUUAUAAAAUUAUACUUUUCUAGCUGUAUCAUAUUAUGUGUAUAUUAUAUUAUAUUGAUAAUGCAUCGAGGCCAGGGGACAUAUAUAUUUGCAAUCUUUAAAAAGUUAUUGCAUAAGAUUGACCAGCGAUAAAAAUACACGAGUCUUUCAAUAUCUUUCCAAAAUGUAUGGAGAUUACACAUAAACAAAACUACACAUAGUAUGCGAUAUUUAUAUACUGAUACAAUAGUAUAUAAAUAGUUCAGAACAUAUUUCUUUUUUAAGAUAUCAAGUUGUUAUUGAUACAAGAAUAUUGAUCUUGGAAUUACAUUUAUGCUUUAUAACUUCGAAAUUCUUUUAAAUGUAUGUGUAUCCUGAAUUACGAAACGUCGCUAAUUAAUGAAUAAGAGACUGCAUUGAGAUAUGCUAAGGCAAAUAGAUUUUUCUUUUUUAACGACAUUAUACAAAAUAUUUUAGAGAGGCACAUUUUAACUUUAGAAGUAUGACGCAAAAAUAUUCAGGAUAAAAACUUACAUAAACUUAAAAUUUCUGAAAAUAUUUUAUAUGGAACAGAAAACAACACAAGUAAUUAAAAAACACUCAUUUUCUACUUAAUAAGAUACGCUAAUAGAAUAUGUUUUCAAAGUUGAAUCAAGUUUUUUUGAAGAGAAUAAAAAAAAGUUAAUGUAAAAAUAUAAAAGAUAUAAAAGACUGGAUUAAAAUAUAGAUUUUUCGUAUAUUUUUAAAAAAUAAAAAUAAACCUUAAUUCUAAUAAUUUACUUACGAUUAAAGAAAUUUAUUUUAUUUUGUAUUGUUUAGAACAUUUUGUUUUUAUGUUCUAUAGGAAUAAAAAAUGAUUAAUUUGACCAAAAUAUUGUCAAAACUUGCAAAGUUUUAACGAAAAUACAAUUUCUUUCGUUAAAUUAUUAAUAUUCGUUAUAUUAUUUGCUAAUAGUAACACGCAAUCUAUGUUAUUUUAAGUUAAAAAUUUUGAAUUUGUUUAACUUACAGUACAGUCUAUAUAGUUCAUAUUGCAUAUCCAUCGUAUUACGGAAUUUUGCCAGAUUUGUAUUUGUUAGAUUUCGUCUCUUAUGCAACAUUGACCAAAGUUAUAAUUAAUCAAAUAAAAGUGCUUUACACAUGCAUGAUGUAAAGAAGCUAACAAAACUUAUUGGCAAUUCUAUUUAUAAAACUUUAAUAUUAAAAAGCAACUUUUUUAUUGUCUUACGAGUCGUAAAAGAAACUGAUGUUAGAAAAAUCAUGUAUUUAUUAUUCUUUAAUUAUAUACGCUGUAAAACCGGCUAUAAUAUUGUUGAAUUAUGAAUUGCAUUUUUCUAUUAGCACUGCCUUCGCAUGUCGCGAGUUUAUGUGAUAUCAGAAAGUACAUUCGUAGUAAAAACUACUUGUACUCUCUUCGAAGAAAUAUUCAUUAUAAAUUUGUAUUAAAAGAUAAUAUAAGAUAAACUUAAUCAAAGCAAAAUUAUUUUUGACAAAUAAUAUUUAAAGUUAAUUUAAGUUGUCAACAAUUUCGAAGUGCAUAUAUGCUACACAUGGAAUGUUGUUGUUGCAUUGCUUUCCCUCCUUUAACACAUUCCAUCUUUAAAUAGAUUCUUUUAAUCACUGUUGGUAAAAUGAGAAUUACACUUUACGUUUACUUAGCAAAUAUUAGUAUAAUUAAACGAGAAGAGAGAACUUAAAAGAAGAAACACGAUACAUUUAGACACCUUUAAUAUUCGAUAUUCUAUUCAUUUAUAUACUUAUAAGUCUUGAAACACACAAUACAAAUGGUUUUAAAUAUCUAUAUGUGUAAAAUGUAAAAUAUUUUAUAUAUAAUGUAUUUCGAUAUAUAUUGCAUUUAAAUACAACAAACACGCACGAAA